CACAAGGAGUGUCAGAUAUCAUAGAGUUUUCUCCAGAAUCAGGUGACACACUGGAAGUCUGAUUAUUCAUAAUCAAAACUUGCUGGCUGGAUUAAGAAAAGACACUGAAGUCCAAAACCUUUGAAGACAGGACGAACUGCAUUUGAAUUAUAGAGACUGAGAAAGUGAGUGAGACUGGAAAGUAUUUUCACUGCUUUGAAGCCAGGAAAGUCAGACAUAAAAUCACACAGAAAAAGUGCAGACUACAGAAUAUCAAGACACUGCAUAUAUUAACAGCGGGAUAAACCAAUGAAAGAGAUGGAUGUGGGGCCAUUUAGCAGGAAACAGUGGGCAUCACAGUCUUUACGGAUCACAGCCAGAGAGCUCUCAUUGGUUGGGAGUCGUGGCAAGAACAAUGCCAUCACUGAGCGCUUUUCCAAAUAUCAGAAAGCUGCUGAGGAGGCAAGUGCAGAGAAGAAAAAAACAUCUGUUGACAGUUUGCCUCUCCGAUCAGGAGCUCUGAGUGUACUGAAGAAACGCUGGGAACAGACAAAUCAGGAGAAAUCUGCUCCUCAGUUGAGUGUGGCACCUGUGAGCCUGAAAGCUCAUGCUGCUUCCAGCAAACCCAGCAAUCCUCCAAAACCACCUGCUACUUCAAGCAAACUAAUGCGACAGCCCAGCCUGACCCAAGAGUCAACCUCCCAUGAAAAACCUGAAAAAAUAAAAGCAGACAUGGAGACUAAACAAAAGAAGUGUGCAAAAGAAGAGGAAGAAAACAAGACUGCAUCCGAUCCAUGUUCCCCUGCAGAGAAACCAGCCAUGCCCCUUAAUAACAUCAAAAUGAUGUAUGAAAAGGGCAAAACCAAGGUGCAAACAGAAGCGAACUGCAGCUCAGAGGACAUGGACACACAAAUGGGCAACAAAGGUACGCCUAGUCUGAAGCGCAGUGGCUCUAUCAAGGACAGGAUGGCGAAAUAUCAGUUAGCGGUCAGCAGACAGGCUUCUUUCACUGUGCCACGCUCUGCAAGCCAGUCAGAAACAGAGGACAGUGUUCCAUGCAAGGAUCACAAGGAAAUUCCGCCACCUGCUGGUGAUGGACAGAAAGUGAAUACACUUCCCGAGUCAAACUGUGCAAAGAUCAAUGGAGAGCAUGUCCAAACAACAAAUCCCAGUGCUGAAACUCCAGUAUCAGAGAACAAGGACCCUCCUAAAGUGGCCAGGAAAUUUAAUCUGCCUGCCCAGGAAAGAUGUGUGUCCUGCCUAAAGACUGUUUACCCGCUGGAGAAACUUGUUGCCAAUCAACAGAUUUACCACAAGAGUUGCUUUCGCUGUGCCUUUUGUAGUACCAAACUCAGUUUGGGGACUUAUGCUUCCCUACAUGGCAGCAUCUACUGUAAACCUCACUUCAGCCAGCUAUUCAAGUCUAAGGGCAACUAUGAUGAGGGCUUUGGCCAUCGACCACACAAGGAAAUGUGGACACCGCAAACAAAUGAGGAGGAACCUGAGGGAGGCGAAAGCUCAAAGCCCUUUCUCGCAGACUCUGUGUUAGUGAAGCCUACAGAGCAGUUGAGCCCUAAAGUCGAGGAGUCACGACCGGCCAAAUUCACUGAUCUGACUGCAGAUCUAGAGACAAAAAGUCAAAUGACCAGCUCCACAGAAAAACCACAACCCACCUCUGUGGAAACAAGAAAACUGAGAGUCGCAUGGCCACCUCCUGCAGACAGUGAUGGAAGCUCCAAAGUCCCUGAAGUUGGAAAGGGUUCAUCCAAGCUUUUCAGAGCAAAGUGGCCUCCAGAGGAGGAAACUCCACCUGCCCAGCAGAGCCCUGAAAGAGCAGAACUGAAAAGUCUGCGGCGUACUUCCUCACUCAAGGAGCGGAGCCGUCCCUUUUCUGUGGCACCAAGAUUAUCCAAUGCUUCAAAACAAGACACACAAGCAUCUCACAAGGUUGCUUUGGUCAGACGAGGCUCACUGGAGGACCUUCGUUCACAGUCAAAAAUAAAAGCAGACAAAGCUGAGGUGAAAAAAGAGGCAGAAAUCCCACAUGAAAAGACAAAGGACAGUGACAGCCAAUCCAAGGAGAAUAUUGAGAGUCCUGCCAAACUUGAUAGGAAGGAAAACAUGCCCCCUUCUAUUCUCAAACAGACACAGCAAACAAAAAAAGAGGUUGAGCCACAACAAAUAAAAAAUGAAGCUGAUACACAAAAAACAGAUAAAGAGUCUCAGACUCAACUAACAAAAAAAGAGUCUGAGCCACAACAACAGGAGGUUCUGAAAGGUUGUGUUGAAGAUGAGGAAAAAACGGUGAAAUGUUUAAUCACUUCUCCUGAACUCCAGUCUGCCCAAGACACAUCCUCUCCACCUGUGGAAGAAAAAGCCCAUAGGACAUCCCAGGAUGUGGGCUUCUGGGAUGGUGAGGAGGCUGAGGAGUCUCUGACUGUAGAGGAGAUGAUCAAGAGGAAUCGCUACUAUGAAGAUGAAGAAGAUGAGGAAGAGGAAGUGGCAAUAGUUUGACAAUAUAUGUCAUCAAUCGCUUUCAUUUAUUA